UUUCAUUUUCGUGACGGAUUUAAUGGUAUACGCGUGUUUUUCGCCUCACCUGCGAUAUUUCCUCAACAUUUACUUGGCGGAGAGUUAUGUUCCUCGAUUGCCCAAGCCAGGGGAAACAAUUCACGGGAGUCGGUUUUCUAUAGGGUUUGGAGGUAAAGGUGCCAAUCAGUGUGUUAGCUCAGGCAGACUUGGUGCAAGGACAGCCAUGGUUGCAAAGAUUGGGACAGACUCAUUUGGCGAUGAUUACUUGAAGAAUCUGCAGGACAGUGGUGUUAAUACAGAUUUUGUGUAUAGAACAUCAGAAGCCUCAACAGGAGUAGCUCCUAUCUCAGUUACUGAUGAAGGUCAAAAUGCCAUUGUGAUUGUACCAGGGGCAAACCUGCUGUUGACCGAGAGUGAUGUCAUAGCUGCUGAGACACUCAUCCAAUCAGCAAAAGUCCUCGUCUGUCAGUUAGAAAUUUCCCCACCCAUUACAGUCAUGGCAAUGAGACUAGCCAGGAAACAUGGCGUGCGGACAAUUUUGAACCCUGCUCCUGCCCUGUCAGAUUUACCUGAGGAAAUGUUUACACUGUCGGACAUCCUGUGUCCAAACGAGACAGAGGCCGAAAUUUUGUCUGGGAUGUCAGUCAAGUCAGUUGAUGAUGCAAAGAAAGCCUCAUUGUUGUUGUUGGAUCGAGGCUGUAAGGCUGUGAUUAUCACACUUGGUGAACAAGGUGCUGUUGUUGCUUUCCAAGGGGAGACUACUCCUAUACAUAUCCCUGCCAAAAAAGUGAAGUCCAUAGACAGCACAGGUGCUGGAGAUGCCUUUUUGGGAGGGCUGGCCUUCUACCUGUCCACAUUGCCGGGCCUGGAGUUUAUAGAGGCAGUGAGAAGAGCUGGGGAGAUUGCCACUAUCAGCGUUCAGGCGGAGGGGACACAGAAAAGUUACCCCUACAGAGCUAAUCUGGAGCCUCACAUGUUUGCUGUGUGAGAACCCUUCCCUGUGAAUAAAGGCUCUGGUCUCAGGAUCACAAAGUGAUCUUAGGCCUAAGUCAAAAUUUCAAAUCACUUUAGUUGUUAUUUCUUACAUAACAAGGAAAAAAUAUUGCUUGACAACAGAAAUUCUUGGUAAGUUAUUGAAAAAAAAAAUUCAGAAAUGAAAUUUUGAUGUCAUGUAGGGGGUGAGUGGGCAAAGGUUUAAUUUACAAGGUUCUGUAAAAACUUGUUGGUAAAAAAUAGUUUCAGAAGUUUUGAAACAAGAAAGCCAGGUGACUUUGUGUAUUUAAGGUUUCAAAUCAUACAACAUUGCAUUGUCUUAACAUAUAUGAAGAUUAAGUAAUUCAUUCAUGUGU